GUUGUCAAAUCUUUGUUUCUGAUUCCCCCAUUGUCGGUUCCCUCUCUAACCUGCCUUGUGUGUGUGUAUGUGUGUGUGUGUGGGGGGUGCAGGCUGGGGUCCCCGAGAACACCCUUUGAUCCUGGUCCCUCCUCCCCUGUCUGCUUGGCGGGUGCUGGAGACACUGUCACUGCCUCAUCCUCAGCUCUCUUUCCCUCCGUCAGGGUGGAUCACAAGACAACAAACACAUACAGCUGAUGGCAGUCUACCUCCACUGUGACAGUCACCUUCGGGGUCCCCAUGAGACUAUUAAUCUGGUGCCUCUGUUCUUUUAGAGAGAAGACCUCGGGACCUGGGGGUCAGCUGCACCACAGCCCAGGAGAAGCCAUGGCCUCAGCCACAGCCACCCAGAAGAUGAGGGAGGAAGCCACCUGCUCCAUCUGCCUGAGCCUGAUGACUGAGCCGCAGAGCAUCAGCUGUGGACACAGCUUCUGCCAGCGGUGCUUAGAGGGCUUCCUGGACAAUCACGGUCACCAGCAGCCAAAUCUGCGCCAGCACCCCUGUCCCCAGUGCCGGGCUCCAUUCAACAGGACAAGCCUGCGGCCCAACAAGCAGCUGGGGAGCCUCAUUGAGGCCAUGAAGAAGCUGGACCUGGAGAUGAUGUGCAAGGAGGACGGGGAGAAGCUGCACCUCUUCUGCGAGGACGACGGCCAGCUCAUCUGCUGGCGCUGUGAGCGGUCACCACAGUACAAAGGACACGACACUGCACUUGUGGAGGACGCGUGCCCGGGCUACAAGGAACUGCUCCAGGAAGCUGUGUCUAAUUUGAGAGAACUGGAAAAGGAGUGUAGGAAUCAGAAUAUGUUCGUGACAAAGCAAAUAGCUGAAUGGAACAGGAAGGUGGAGCUUCACAGACAGAAAAUCCAGGAUGACUUCAAAAAUUUGCAGAGCUUCCUGCGGGAGGAGGAGAAGUCUUUUCUGUGGAGACUGGAGAAGGAGAACGAGCAGACUCUGAAGGUUCUGAGGGACAGCGAGGCCAGUCUGAAGCAAAAGAGGCGUGAACUGAACAGGCAGAUCCAGGACCUGGAGGACAGGUGUCAAGGCUCAGCCCAGAAGCUGCUGCAGGUGAGGCUGAGCACUCGGAAGAAGGAAAGGAGGGGGUCUGUCCCUGAGCGAUGGAGGGGACAAUGGACUCCUUUCAUCAUUAGGAAGGUGGAGCUUCACAGACAGAAAAUCCAGGAUGACUUCAAAAAUUUGCAGAGCUUCCUGCGGGAGGAGGAGAAGUCUUUUCUGUGGAGACUGGAGAAGGAGAACGAGCAGACUCUGAAGGUUCUGAGGGACAGCGAGGCCAGUCUGAAGCAAAAGAGGCGUGAACUGAACAGGCAGAUCCAGGACCUGGAGGACAGGUGUCAAGGCUCAGCCCAGAAGCUGCUGCAGGGCGUGAAGGGCGCUUUGAGCAGGAGCUCGGCUGUGAAACUGGAUACACCGGAGGCCCCAUCUUUGCAGAUUCAGACUGUCUGCGAUGUUUCUGAGCUUUACUUUGAUGUGAGACAGCUGCUGAGGGGCUAUCAAGUCAAUGUGACUCUGGAUCCAGAGACAGCUCAUUGUGCCCUAAUUCUGUCUGAGGAUCAGAGACAUGUCACUUGGGGAAGUCCCCAGCGUGAUGUGCACAAUUCUCCCAGGAGAUUUACCGCCUACCCCUGUGUCCUGGGCCACGAGGGCUUCGCGUCGGGACGACAUUACUUUGAAGUGUAUGUGGGAGAAGGGAUUCAGUGGGAGCUAGGUGUUUGUAUGGAAAAUGUGCAGAGGGAUAUUCGCACGAGGCUGAUCCCCCAGUCUGGGUUCUGGGCCAUCAGUUUGAGCACCAAGGCCAGCUUCUCAGCACUGACAUGUCCCCCAACUUCCCUUCACCUGCGGGAGCAGCUCCUGCUUGUGGGGGUUUUCCUGGACUAUGAGGCGGGAGUCGUCUCCUUUUACAACAUGACCUCGGCCUCCCACAUCUUCACCUUUCCCAGGGCCUCUUUCUCGGGUACGCUGCGGCCCUUUAUUUAUGUUUAUCCCACGUCUCCCCUGUCGCUGCGUCCCCCAGAUGAGUAAACAAAGGCACAGUCUCCUUCUUGGUUUCACCAGCAUCGAGAAAAUAAUAUGAAUCCUGUGAGGCAGAAUGUGGUCUGUUUUCUUCCCGCUAUUUCCAUGUACCUUCAACAGUGUGGACGGGGCCUCUAGUGGGUCCUUAAUAAAAGUGCUUUGAAUGAGUA